CGCAUAUUGCACCAUAAUAACACACCAUUUAACCCCGCCCAACGCGCCCAACUCAUCACAAUCUCACUCGAAUGCAAUCAUAAAAGUAAUCAGGCAUGCUAGGGACAAAGAAGGAGACGAGCGUGGAAGUGCGCUCACUCACAAAACAGAGAGCAAGACAGACGGCGUGGUGGACUCUCCCUUCGCGACGACACAUAUAAAACAACGACCUCAUCCAUCCCACCAUGGCUCAGUCGCAACCGUCGCCGGCGCGCCCGCCGCUCCCUCAGAUGCAGACUCCCUUGCCGCGCGACUUCGCCGCCGCGAAUGGCAGACCGAGCCCUCUCGGUCCUCAGUCACCGCAGAUGGGCAUGACUUAUUCCUCACCUUCACCUCAGACAUUUUCGCCUCAGCAAUAUAUUCAACCGCCUGCCGCGAAAAGACCACGCCUAUCUCCUGAUGUUCAAUCGCCGUUCUCACCCCAGAGCUAUCCUCCCACGCCUUCAGGACAUGGCCCGACAACGCCCGGAGGGAACAUCCAGAUGAAUGGCACUGCACCUCCUUCGAAUCCGCGGCAAGGGCUAAUGCCGCCUCCACAGCGGCCAGCCGACAAAGCCGAAGAUCGGAAUUACGAAGAUAUCUUGUCGGGUACUGGAAUCAACAUCGAAGAAGAGGCGAGGAUGCUUGUAAGGCCAGAUUACUAUGGUACACGGCCACCGCCUCCGUCACAAGCUUCAAACUUUCACUAUCAUGUGAACUCGUUCAACGACCUACAAACAAAUGGAGAGAAGUCCGAGGCCCAACAAGGACAGAGUGAAGGCCAGAAUGGAGCUCAAACAUAUCAAACAUCUGCAGAAGACAUCAAACAGCGGCAGGAUGAACGUAUGGACUGGGAGGCUUCCAGGCACAGCCAAAAUCCACUCUGGGACAUGUUUCUGCUGGGCGGCGUCUUGAACGAAAAGAUUCGAAACAUUAGCAUCACCGAGCAUCUCGUCGAUCCACAAUCUGGCGUUCUGGUAAACACGCAAAAGCACGCACCUCCCCCAAUGGUGCGGGUAAAUGGCCUUGAAGGCGCUUCACGUGUCAUCGACGAGGGGCAAGCCAUUCUCGAUACUGGUCAAAAAGGGGAACGUCUAUCUGAUAUCAUGAAGAUCAUUAGUCUGGCCGCAAAGACCAGACUGACCGGUUUGGUCAGUGCGUCUGCUCGACUAUCACAGGAACGGCAGCAGCACUCCAAAGGAAAGGUGCCCGAUGAAUGGCAGGAUAUAGCAGUCGUUACCAAGCCGGCUACUGAUGUACCUGAUGGUGUGUCAAGUCCGGCUGGUAGCGCCAGUCUAAAGCGUGAGUAUUACGUUCCGCUGCGAUGGGUUGACUGACGCAUGUUAGGUACACACUCACAAGCAAACAGCGAACCAUCGUUGUCAGAAGAUCAUGUUCCUGGACCCGCACGAAUUGUUGCCAUACUAGACAGAGUAUCCAAGUCGGAACGAAGCGCCGAGGAAGCGCGACGGCAAAAACGAGCAAAACGUCGAGCGGCAGCAAAUGCAGAAGGAUCGCCCGGAGCAGCCGGCGCCGACUCAUUGGCCGACGCUGCGCUUGCCGCAGCUUUAGAAUCGGAGAAGAAGACCACGAAGAAAGAAAGGAAACUACAGGAGUCCAAGUUUUCCGAACAGCAACAACACAAGUCUGCCAAUGAAGCAGCACGAAUGGCGGUCUCUGGUCUUAUCGGCAACCGGUUUGGAGGCAAAAAGCAGCGAACCUACGACUGGAUGAAGGGUGGCGGCGGAGG